AGAGAAAAUGAGUAAGAGGAAGAAGCUUCGGACUUCAGGAAGGGAAGGACUCCAUCUUCGGAAACUUCCAAAGAACCCAAGGAUAGAAGACUCUGACGGGGCCACCAGCCAGAGCUCCCUGUUAGACUGUUUGCAUCACCCUGAAGAAUCAGAAGGUGGAUCAGGACUCACUCCUGCAGAGCAGAGUGGGGAGGAACCAGGACAGGCAGCCUCCAGCUCUCCUGAUAAUGAAGCAGACGCUCCCUCCAGGCUCCUUGGGCAGCCAGAGAAGGAGCCAGUUCCCCUUCCUCCUUCCCAGAACUCAGUGGGGAAGUUCGUCCCUCAGUUUGCAAAACCCAGGAAGACAGUGAUGAGACAAGCAGAGAGGAGGGAAGAAGGCCUCGGGAUGGGGGUGUUCAGCUCGGGAACACUGCCAGAACCCAGUGCACAGCAGACCAGGAGCCAGCCUCACAAAGAGUCCCCAGGACUUGCCCCUAAGGAGGCCAGGGACCUAGGACACCAGACCCAGGCAGAUGGCACCUGCACCAAGCCCAGUGUCCUAAGCCCCAUGACCCCUGGGCCCAGUGAUGCGGAUCCUCAGCCCUCUGUCUCCACCAACACCUCCCCAGAGUCGGGGACGGUGCCCUCGGCCUCAGAGAGGGCUGACCAGGACUACCUGUCAGAGCCUGGGACCAAUGUGCCCAAGGGUGGAAGCACGGAGGAGGGUUGGGCUCCAGGCAAUCACAGCCAAAAAGGGCCCCUGCCAGGCAGUGACACUGGAGAGACGGAGCCAGAGCAAGGAGCCCCCCAGCAGGGAGGUGCCCGAGCACUAGCAGGUGCUGACCUACUUGAGGGGCUCCGGGAAGAAGGAGGUAGCCUCCUGGGCCCAGAGCCCCCAUCUGCAGCCCUGGGCCCUCCUUGCUCCCUGCAAACCCUUGGCAGGGAAGCAGAGUGGAGCUGGAGCUGCCCUCGGUGCCCGCCACUUGGGGCUAUUGUUAUCGCAGAUGUGAACACAGACCCCGCUGAGCCAGAACACAAGGCUCUGAGGGUGGCCGUGCCAGACAGGGAGGUCAGCGCCAGGGUGCCUGCCUCUCCCAGUGGGAAGGCUCCCGACGCAGGCCGCAGCAGGGCCCUGCUCAGCUGUGCACCUCUCACUGGGGUGACCAGUGGAGGCAGAGGGGAGGCACAGUGGGAAGAUGAGCCCCCUGGUGACAUCCUGGGGUGCUUUGCAGCCUCCCUGCCUCUGCCCCAUGAGACCCAAGAACCCACACUAGUAGCUGGGGAUCCCAGCCUUUCAGCCUUGGAAAUGGGCCCAGAUGUUGGACAGACCCAGGUGCCAGGCCCGGAUCAGGAAGGGUUGGGAGGUGUGUGCUCGCAGCCUCGGCUGUCACAACCUGCAGGUGAAAAGGCAGCUGAGCUAGGGAGCCCGAGCCUCAAGCAAGACCUCCAGGGGCUCAGUUUGUCCCUCAGAGCCUCUGCUGCACCGAUGUACCAAGAAGCAGCGGGCGGCCCUCCCCAGGAUGCUGGGGCAGGCCGGGGCAGUCCAGAUACCCCCACAGGCCCCGUAGGCCAGCCUUGGCGCUCCGCUGACUCUUCCAAGCAGGCCAUCUGGGAGGGGUCACCAGCCAUGGAACUCGACUUCCUGCCAGACAGCCAAAUACAGGAUGCCCUGGAAGCCCCUGGCUUUGAAGCCCCACCUGAGCAGUUGUUUCCUGCAGGAGGCGAGCUGGACCCCUGCCGGCCUGGCACCAGCCCGCGUGCAGACAGAGGCCCCUGUGCUGAGGCCCAGCCGAGGACACGAGUGGGGAUCAAGACAUGCGAGGCCACCAGCAUAGAGGACGCGACAGACACCGUGCGGGGCCUGGUCAUGGAGCUCUCCAACCUGAACCGGCUGAUUAUGAGCACCCACCGGGACCUGGAGACCUUCAAGCGCCUCAACUACUACCGGAAAGCGAAGCCAGCCGGGAAGGCCCCCACACCCUACACAGCAAAGGGGGCGGGGACCCUCCCCCGAGGGGAGCAGUCCUGGAGGGAUCUGUAGCUGGUUCCAAACUGCCUAGGGUUGUGGUGUGUGUUCCUGUAAGCUCACUGGCCCCCAGAAAUGUCCUGCCGAACA